AUGGGACACACGAUGCAUCCUGGUGCGCUUAACCCACAGCCAUCAUUUGGAUUUGACAUGGAUGAUGUAGUAAGAAUGUACAUCCGAUACACACUGAACGGAAAACAAUUCAAUCCUGAUGUGGUUCUGGAUCUCAUACGUCUUAGGAAAGCAUCAAUGUUUGAAGAUAAUGAAGUUGCUGAAAUUCUGAAUCAGAUAUCAAGACGAAUUGUUCGGGAAAAAGUGGAUGAGCUCGAGGAGGUGUUCUACGAGGAGGUCGGUGCUGCAUUUUCCGACACAUGGGUCCUGCCGUCUUGUGUCAGUUGGGUUUGA